AUGUUCAAUGCCACCCUGAUUUUUCCCACCGUGCCUUACGAGAACUUGAGCAGCCCUGCGGGUCCGCCCGGUCCUCCACUGUGGUACGAGCAUCCAGAAUGUGCCGUGGCUCCUUAUGGCUUUGUUUUCUACUUUGGGGUCAAAGUGUUAAACCUGGCAGUGGGGACCCCGUGUAACAUCCUGGUCAUCUGGCAGAUCGUCUCCAGGAAAAGUGACGCCUCCACCUCAGACAUCUUCAUCUUGAACUUGGCCGUCCUGGACGCCUACUUCAGCUUGAUGACGCCCACAGACCUGGUCAACCGGCUUGUGCUGAAUGACAGUCGCAUCUGGUACUUUUUGAGAUUUGGCUAUGGGAUAAAAGAUGUGGCGCCACUCUUUCUGGUGUGUAUCUGUGUAGACCGCUACAUGGCCGUGGUCCACCCGGUGAUUUUCUCCAGUUACAGAGACAACUUGACCCGUAUCGGCCUUACUGUGGUGGUCUGGGGUCUCAUACUGGCGUAUGCCAUAACAAAGUCCAUCGGGGGAAACUUGUACACCUCAAACAUCUUCAGCGGAGUCAUUCUCUUCACAUUCGCAGUCAUGGUCUUCUGCAACAUAUCCAUCAUCUGGGUCCUCCGUCGCUCCGUGGCUGGAAAGGAGGAGAUGCACCCGGUGAAGAAAAGGGCCUUUAAGAUGGUGCUGACAAACCUGGGCAUCACUGUGUUCAACUACCUACCGCCAGUGGCACUCAUGCCGUUCAAGUCAUACUACACAUUUGUUGAGUUUCACUGUCAGAUCAGCCGCAGCGUGUACUCGCUCAUGGACCUGAGCUGCAGCAUUGAACCCCUCCUGUACAUCACAAAGAUGGAAAGAGUCAACGGCAGGUGCUGCAGGCAGUGCUUCUCAGAGAGGUCAGCUGAUGUCAACGUUUAA